GUUUAUUUAUUGCUUUAUUUUUUCACAGCUAGAACCAAACAGUAACACCAAAAAAAUUGCAAGCAUUACCUGCGAAAAUAUAAAGGUGAAAAAGUACACGGUAGAGGUGCUAACAAAGAGAAAUUGGAUCAUCUGCAACACUAGUGAUUCCCUGAAGUGACGCUGAACAUCUAUUUGGGCUCCACAUUUGAUUCACAACUUGGUGAAAACCAAACCAAACAAAUUAUAUCCACAAAAGAUCGUUGGCACCCGGGCAGUACCUCUGAGAUAUUUCACGGAAGGUUAAUUUCGGAAGUCAGCUUUGGAUAGAAAAUUGUUCGAUUCGAGUGAGGAUGUUAAUGCUUAAAACAAUUCCUGCUUAAUUAUGACGCACAAACUGAACGUCAACAUCGUGGGAUCGAUUCGGUCGAAUGCAUUCGAAAGUGAUAAAAACUCCGCCGGAAGAUCGAACUCACCCAAACUUUGUCAAACUCCGUCAUACAACCAUGAUCAUCCGAAGUGAGUGCUACCUGUUGAUCGUGCUGGCCGCGCUAGUUCUGAACACAGCCGCGUGUAGUCAGAACCAAACCUGCCUCGGGGAUGUUGGAAACGGGGACGAAGAUGAGGCGAUUCACCUGCGUCAGAAACGUUGGCUAACGAUGAUCCCGAACGGUGGAGUGUGCAAGAUCGUCUUCAGCUCGGUGGCACCGGUCCGGUGGGCCCACAAAGUGGUUCGGAGUGUGAAUUUGGCGAUUAACGUGCAGGCCAACUACGCGAUUCCGGCGAAGAUCAUAUGGCCGCACGCGGAGAACUUCUUCAAGGAGCGUGUGUUGAGCGCGGAUUACGUGGAUAGUAGCCGGAAGGAUUUGUACCAGUUGCUGGAGCGGAUGAUCAAGUCGUGGGGUGGUGAUGGUCGGGAAUGUUUGCUGAAGACGGUCUGCCAGACGGCGGAGACCCCGUUGCGCCAUAAUGGCAUGAUUGGGGAAAUUCUGGAUCUGGUGUUUACGUGAGUGAUAUGUGAAGAAAAAAUCUUGGAUUAUUUUUUACUUAACACUGGAACGCCCAACGCAUGUCUAACUCACACGGACGC